AUACAUAAAAAUGAAAUAUUAAUUAAAAGAAAAAACAAGAAAAAUCUAGCACGCUCCAUCCCCCAACAAUUUGACAUCUGCCCGGUUUUAAGAGGCAAGAACAUUCUGGAACUCAGCCCUUUUCCCCUUUAUAACACCGCCCAUCUUUUGUUACCCUCUUCAUCAAUCAAGAUUCACAUUCUUGCACUUGAUUUUCUACAAAAAAGACGUUCUGUUCUAAAAUUGAUUUGGGUUUUAUUGGGUGAUUGGAAAGAUGUCCGGAAAAGGUGAAGGACCGGCUAUUGGUAUCGAUCUCGGAACCACAUACUCGUGUGUUGGAGUCUGGCAACAUGAUCGUGUUGAAAUCAUCGCUAAUGAUCAGGGCAACAGGACCACUCCAUCUUAUGUUGCGUUUACGGAUACUGAGCGUUUGAUUGGUGAUGCUGCGAAGAAUCAGGUCGCCAUGAAUCCCACCAACACUGUUUUCGAUGCAAAGCGGUUAAUCGGAAGGAGAUUUUCCGACCCUUCGGUGCAAAGCGACAUGAAGCACUGGCCGUUCAAAGUGGUCCCUGGAGCCGGAGACAAACCGAUGAUUGUUGUCUCAUACAAAGGCGAAGAUAAACAGUUUUCUGCUGAAGAAAUAUCUUCAAUGGUUUUAAUCAAGAUGAAAGAAAUCGCUGAAGCCUUCCUGGGGACCACCAUAAAAAACGCUGUGGUCACUGUUCCCGCAUACUUCAACGACUCUCAGCGUCAAGCCACCAAGGACGCCGGUGUUAUUUCGGGGCUUAAUGUCAUGCGAAUCAUCAACGAGCCGACUGCAGCCGCUAUUGCUUACGGGCUGGAUAAGAAAGCUUCCAGUGUUGGCGAGAAGAAUGUGUUGAUAUUUGAUUUGGGUGGUGGUACUUUUGAUGUGUCGUUGCUGACCAUUGAAGAGGGUAUUUUCGAAGUGAAGUCGACCGCGGGUGACACGCAUUUGGGCGGUGAGGAUUUUGAUAACAGGAUGGUUAACCACUUUGUUCAGGAGUUUAAGAGGAAGAACAAGAAGGAUAUUAGUGGGAAUGCAAGGUCUUUGAGGCGGUUGAGGACUGCGUGUGAAAGGGCGAAGAGGACGCUUUCGUCUACGGCUCAAACCACUAUCGAAAUCGAUUCGUUGUACGAAGGGAUUGAUUUCUACUCCACGAUUACGCGCGCGAGGUUUGAGGAGUUGAAUAUGGAUUUGUUUAGGAAGUGUAUGGAGCCGGUGGAGAAGUGUUUGAGAGAUGCUAAGAUGGAUAAAAGCAAUGUUCAUGAUGUUGUGCUUGUUGGUGGUUCCACUCGGAUUCCGAAAGUUCAGCAGUUGUUGCAAGAUUUCUUCAAUGGGAAGGAUUUGUGUAAGAGUAUUAAUCCGGAUGAGGCAGUGGCGUAUGGUGCUGCGGUUCAAGCCGCUAUUUUGAGUGGUGAAGGGAACCAGAAGGUUCAAGACUUGCUUCUGUUGGAUGUUACACCUCUGUCUUUGGGGCUGGAGACUGCGGGUGGUGUUAUGACAACUUUGAUACCGCGUAACACCACCAUUCCCACCAAGAAAGAGCAGGUGUUCUCCACCUACUCGGAUAACCAACCUGGCGUUUUAAUCCAGGUUUACGAGGGUGAACGAACACGAACCAAGGACAACAAUUUGUUGGGCAAGUUUGAGCUGUCGGGAAUCCCACCUGCUCCCCGUGGAGUUCCUCAGAUCACUGUCUGUUUCGACAUUGAUGCUAACGGUAUCUUGAAUGUGUCUGCUGAGGAUAAAACGACAGGGCAGAAGAACAAGAUCACGAUUACAAACGACAAAGGAAGGCUGUCGAAGGAGGAGAUUGAGAAGAUGGUGCAGGAGGCGGAAAAGUACAAGGCGGAGGACGAAGAGCACAAGAAGAAGGUGGAAGCGAAGAACGCGUUGGAGAAUUAUGCGUAUAACAUGAGGAACACCAUUAAGGAUGAGAAGAUAAGCUCGAAGCUGCCACCGGAAGACAAGAAGAAGGUGGAGGAUGCGGUUGAGGAGGCGAUUCAGUGGUUGGAUGGUAAUCAGUUGGCGGAGGUAGAGGAGUUUGAGGAUAAGAUGAAGGAGCUCGAAGGGGUAUGCAAUCCGAUAAUCGCAAGAAUGUAUCAGGGCGGCGCUGGUGGGCCGGAUAUGGGUGGUGGUAUGGAUGAGGAUGGUCCUUCAACUGGUGGUGGUAGCGGUGGUGCUGGACCAAAGAUUGAAGAGGUGGAUUAAGGCGGUGUAAUGGAACAUGGGUGUUAGUUUGUGGUUCCAUGAAUGUGGUGGUUUACUGGUUUUUUGAAUUUUGAUGGUCUUUUAGUUUUAUGGUGUUGGUUCUAGUAUGCAGGUUUUGGGAAUAAUUAAUGAAGGAUGAUGUUUUAAGUAUGGUUUAAGUUGAUUUUGAAAUAGUUUGAAGUAUAUAAUCUUCUUCAAAUGCUUUUUUUUUUUUUUUUCGAUUUA